AUGGGUAAGCUAAAUUAUCAUAGAAUAGCCACCAAAGCCAAGGCCAUGAUCUAUGAUGUAACGACCAUUGCAGAUAACGGGUUCUCCAAGGAAGGAGUAUCUGUCCGAGAGUAUAUAACUUUGAAGGUUUCCAACAUCCGACUUAGGGUGGGAUGUUCCAAGAAACUGGGAUCCACGGAACAUGAAGAACAAGAUCUAUAA